AUGGCUAUAUUCAAUAGUUAUAUCAAUUGUCCACAAGAUAAAUUAACAGAUUCAAAUGGAAAUAUCAAUUUUGACUCCAGUAACCAGCUUGUCGAUAGUGUUCCACAAUAUAUAUUAAAAGUUCCUGAGUUGAGUGAAUGUGGAAAGAUGUUGAUUAAAACAUUAAAGACUGAUAUCAUUUGCCAGUCAUGUUUGAAUCAAUUCAGAAUGAUAAUGGCUAGUGUUUUCAUUCUUAUGUAA